AUGUCGGAUGAACGAUCAAAGAUCUCGCUGAGAAGUGGGGGAAAGAGGAAGGGCCGGCCAGAAAUCAAGAUCUCGGGGCCUAUAUUGCAAGGCGAUGCGGGUUCACGAGCUCCGCCGGGGCGGGCUGUCGCCGAGAAUGGUCCUCCUCCUCGGCCGCGCCCUCCCCCGCCGAGCAGUGGCAAGACCUCGGAUCUUGUCAAGCGACGGUACUCGUCCCGCUUCAAUAAUCUUCCUACCGAUUUUGAUCCCACCGCGAACCCAAUGCCUGCCUUACCAAAUCUUGACAUGUAUGCGCAGUCCAGGGUCCAAGAUCGACGCGCUCCGCCUUCAAGAGGAGGGAGAAGCGUCAGUGCCGGAGGCGGCGGGGCAGGGCCUCAGGUCGAUGUGAGAUCGCUCCGAGACCCGUCGCUCAUUCCCGAGCAGUAUGUCGCCGAGAUACUCAGCGAGGCCACUGAGGACGAGAUCCGCGAGUAUGAGGCAGCCCUGCGCGAUCUCAAGGCCCGAGCGUCAACCGAUCUCCAGCAGAAUGUCUAUCAGAACCGCACCCAGUUCAUCAAGAUCAGCAAAGAGGCAGAGAAGCUCAAGGGCGAGAUGCGAACGCUCAAGAACCUCAUGUCAGAGUUGAAAGCCAACACCACUGCUCUCCGAUCGGCUUCCAACAAUGUCGAUGGCGGGAGCUUCAAUGGCGAUAUCCCCAUGGGGCUGAGCAAACGGGAUAAGCGGAGCUCUGUCGCUGACCGUACCGCGCUCUGGAGCUCACAGAUGCAGGCCCUGUACAAGAACGUUGAAGGCUCGCAAAAGUUCCUCCCAAACACCCCAGGGCGCCAUGUUGUCCAGAACGCCGGCCUAUGGGUAGAGCUGGACAACGCUACCUACCGCUCUAGGAGAGCGAUGCAGAUUUUUUUAUUGAAUGACCAUUUGCUGGUUGCCUCGCGCAAGAAGCGCAAGGUGGACGGCCCGAAUGCCGCUGACAGCCGGGCGCCCAUGACGAAACUUGUUGCCGACCGUUGCUGGCAUCUUUUAGACGUUGAGGUUGUUGACAUGGCCGGGUCCAACGAUUCCUCAAGCGGCAGGAACAAGCUUGCUGAUGCUAUCAUGGUUCGGGGAGGUGGCCAGAAUGAAUCUUUUAUCUACCGGACCGAGAAACCUGAGGACCCUGAGAAGCCUGCCCUGAUGCUCAAUAUCCGGAAGCGCGUAGAGGAGCUGAGGAGGAACCUCCAGUCUGAACGAGAGGCAACAAAUAAGGCCAAGGAAACGAUCAACUACUUUGCGUCGCGCGAUCCUGGCUUAUUGCAGAAAACGGAGCUCCUCGAGACGCUUUCAGAUAUCAAGGACAUGCUUAUCGAGGUCGAUGGCAAGCAGCAGAACCUGCGCUGGGUAGAGAGCCAGAUGGACGAGUUGGACAUCCAUAUCGCUCUUCAGCAAAUCGAGCCCGCUGUUGCUCUGAUCGAGAAGCUGAAAAGCCUGGCAUAUGGGCUGAAAAACAAUGCUAUUGCACAGGACUUUAUCUCCUUCAAAGUCGACGAGAGGCGGGCGAAGCUGGCGGCACUGGUUGUGCGGGAGCUGGUCAGCACGCACAAUCACCAGACCAAGACCAAGCAGAAUGUUUUCUGGCUCAGCCGGUUGGGGUUUGAGGAUCGCGCUCGCGAGGCAUAUCUGGAAGCCCGUAGCGAGAUCAUUCGGAAGCGGUCUCGGCAGUGCAUUUUCCAGGGCAAUCUGGACGAGUACAUUUGGGAGAUCUCGUUUGUCUACUUCACCAUCAUCCGGAACACGGUCAAAUGCUUCCAGGCAUGCUUCCCGCAGCCCAUGAUGAGCGCCUGCGUCAAAUGGGCAAAGGAGGAGGUCGAUGCAUUCAACGCCAUCCUGGCCCGGCAGUUGAGCGGUGAGGAGGAGGGUAGCCCCGUCUGGACGCAAUGCAUGGACAGGGCCAAGGAGCAUGCCCAGCUGCUUUCCGAGGUUGGCCUCGACUUCCGCAGCUUGCCUGUCUCGGGAGGAAUUGCCACCAUGGAUACAAACAUGGAGGAUGUUGGGCGCGCUCCCGCAGAGCUGACUUCGGUCAACCUUGAGCCAACCACGAUUCCGACUGUCGACGGCUGGAUUGAAAGCCUGAUGAACUGCAAGCAACUGGCAGAGGUAGAUGUCCAAAGACUGUGUGAAAAGAAAUGCCCCGUGACUGUUUGCGGCGAUAUCCAUGGACAGUUUCAUGACCUGAUGGAACUCUUCAAGAUUGGCGGGCCCAACCCGGACACCAACUAUCUCUUCAUGGGGGAUUAUGUCGAUCGAGGGUACUACUCGGUCGAGACUGUCACCCUGCUUGUGGCGCUCAAGAUUCGAUACCCGCAGCGGAUUACCAUCCUCCGAGGCAACCACGAGUCGCGCCAGAUUACGCAGGUAUACGGCUUCUACGACGAGUGCCUGCGCAAGUACGGCAAUGCAAACGUGUGGAAGUACUUUACCGACCUGUUCGAUUACCUCCCCCUCACCGCCCUCAUCGACAACCAGAUCUUCUGCCUCCACGGCGGGCUCUCGCCAAGCAUCGACACGCUUGAUAACAUCAGAGCGCUGGACCGGAUCCAGGAAGUCCCCCAUGAGGGCCCUAUGUGCGAUCUCCUCUGGUCGGACCCUGACGACCGGUGCGGCUGGGGCAUUUCCCCUCGUGGCGCAGGAUAUACGUUUGGCCAAGACAUAUCAGAGGCUUUCAACCACAACAACGGUCUGACGCUGAUUGCCAGAGCGCAUCAGCUCGUAAUGGAGGGCUACAACUGGUCCCAGGAUCGUAAUGUCGUCACAAUCUUCUCUGCUCCCAAUUACUGCUACAGGUGUGGUAAUCAGGCCGCGAUUAUGGAGAUCGACGAGCAUCUGAAAUAUACAUUCCUGCAAUUUGACCCCUGCCCGAGAGCUGGUGAACCCAUGGUCUCAAGAAGGACUCCAGACUACUUCCUCUAA